AUGGAAGGAAGACGCAGCAACUUCCCAAAAAAAGAGAACCCUAAGAAGGUCCAGUCCAAGAAGAGCAAGAAACAGUACUGGUCAGAGGGUGACGAGUCCGAAGACCGAGCCGACGACAAGUCCCAGAUAUCAACGCCCUUGCGCCACAAAGGCGGCGGAGGGAACAAGGGCAGACAGCUCGUACGUUGGGAUGAUGAUCUCGAUAUUCUUCUCCUCAUGACUCUGCAAGCCGUUUGCACCAAGAAUGGCCUCAAGCUCCCAUGGGAUAAAGUGGCCAGGGCCAUGGGAGCUAAAUUUACAGAGGGUGCAAUUGUGCAGCACCUGUCGAAGCUCCGUGUCAAGCGCCUGUCACAGGACAAACCGGUGCCGCAGCUGCAGGGCCGUGGCAGCGGCGGAGGCAAAGUUGGGCUGAACCAGCGCAAAGCCAUUGAUGACAGUGAGGAUGAGAGCCGUGACAGCAUUGGUAACGAAAGUGAUGUGGACAAUGUGAACCGCCAUGCCCCAAAGGGAGCUCAAUCAAAGCCCAAGUCCAAGAAACCCAAGAAACCGUCAGCCAAAGGGGACAAGAUUACUGGCCGCAGAAAGAGGAAGGUGGAAUUCCAGAGUGAGAGUGAUGUAAAGUGCGCAGAUGCUCCGGUCCUCAGAUUUGGUCACGGAGAGCUAACGAAAGCAUCUAGCCUUUCACAUGCUGAUGACAGGGAGGAUUUGGAUGGCCUUGAAGAGCCGCCCAAGAACAAAGUCACUUUUGAGUCCACGUCCAGCAAGUACAUUGCUCGCUUUUCGCUUAAGAAGAGCUCCAUUUUGAAGCUGCAGUUUGAGGAAGCCAUGAAAGAAGAGGCCAUGAAAAAAAAGGCCAAGCUUAUGGCGCCUCCUACGAAACGCCAAAGGGUCUUUGAGGAUCCCAUUGACGGCUCCUACCCUGAUGUUCCCCCGGCCUGGUCUGGAGAUACAAUGCAUAUGGCACACUCGCGAGUGCCAAGCCUGCUAGAUGACGAUAACAAGCUGGACCUUGAAUCUCAAAUCUUUCGAGAUCCUCGCCUCGGCCACCUCGAGCUAAUGGCUCCCCCUGGUAUGUACGACGAGGAUUCGCAGCGCCGUUUCCCUUCAAAUCCCACCAAUUCUGGAGUUUUAGCUCGUAGUCAGCAACCUGUUUCUCUCCGGGGCCCCUACCAGACUCUGGGUCCUGUCAUACCUGGAUAUCACGGGCAUCUUCAGUCUCCUCGGGUUUCUCGUAUAGUCACCUCAUCCGGAAGCAGCCUGUCUGCGUCAAACAUAUCCUACGGUUAUCCUCCACUUGACCGAAAGAUUCCGCGACAGCAAACACCCCAGGGACAGUCACUAUCACCGGAGCUCAUUGAUCCUCGAAUCUUGGAUAACCCCAUGGUCCCGAGAAAGUCGAGUGACGACUCUGACAGUGACGGUUUGUUCGUGAAACAAGACCCUAUGCCGGAAGAUUCUGAGCCUCGUUUCAAAGAAGAGGAAGAUGGAUGGUAA